UUCUAAGGUGUGCUUUCCAACCCCAGUUUGAGAAACACUGCCAUAGUCUCUGCUUACAUAUUGUAAAUUUCAUGGAUAUGAUAGCUUGUGUCAAUUUUCCAAAUUUAUAUCUAUUGACUUAAGUCAUAUAUUUAUGGUGUCGACUAUAAAAUUGUCACUCAAAAUCUAAUGGGAUUGGUUUGGUUUUGAUUACAUUGUAGAAAUCGUCAACAGUUACUUUACUUGUGUUUCUGUUUCAUUUUUUUUGACAUCCCAUAAUUUUCACUUCUCUUGACAACCAUUUCAUUGCUUAUUUAACUAAUGUAAUUGGCUUGCUAAGUGACGCUACAUUUAAUACAAUCUAACCCCAUGAGAUGGAUAGCACAAGAUACUUUUAGCACAUAGAAUCUAGCUUUUUUUUUUCUAAGUCCAUAGCUUCUUUCUCCCAAAAUCCCAAAGAGUACAGUCAUGGCAUAUGUCCCCCUACCCUUUAACACCAUUGCUCAAACACACACUCAAUAGCAACAUUUUCUUCUAUAUUAACAUUGUCCCCCUUUACUGAAAUGUCCAACAGGUUAUCUGUCGCUGAUUGUUAUCUUCAGUUGCUCAUGUCAAACCGGGAUGUCACACAUAGUGAUACGACUAUGUUCAUAAUAUUGGACAUGGAUAAGUUUUUUUAGUUCUUCAUGCACUUUAUAAAUCAUUUAUUUGACAGAUUUGUUUACAAUAGUACUUUCUUUUAAAUUUAGGCAAUAUGUACGCAACUAAUUAUACGCAUGGCGCCUGUUAAAUAUUAAAAGAGCAUGAGUUUUAAAUAUGGUGUUAUUUGGCUUGCAUUCUUUAAAUCUAUAAACUAUUUAUAGUUAUAAAAUAUAAUUUCAAACAUAAAUUUAAGUUGACAAUGUAAUAAAUGGAGAAAAAAAAUACAACUAAUAGUUUAAGACGUAGUAUCAUUGGCCAAUGUUUAUAAAUAUUUUUAAAUUUAAAAACUGACAUUAUUAAUUAAGUUGUCCACGAAUGACGUCUAAAAGCGCUAUGUUAAUGCGUUUGAUAAGUACGGUGUGCUGCUUCUCGUGUCUUGGCUUAGUGACGGCAGAUGUGAACAGUUCCUUCGUACAGGACUACGAGAGGCUUAUGGCUGACCUGUUAAAAAGGCCGGCUCUAGUUCAUAGGAUGCCCGCUGAUCUGUUCGUUUCCAACACGGAACCAGUAGACAUAUCAGUGACUUUGUACCUUGCAGAGGUGGUCCAGGUUGAUCAGGUGGAACAGCUUGUGACUAUAGCAUGCCUUCUCUAUAUCGGAUGGACUCACAAAGGCUUGGCCUGGGAUGUUGACAAUUAUAGUACUCAGGCUGUCCUGCUGGACACCGAACACAUGUGGUUACCACAGAUCGGUGUAUGGGUCGGCUACAAGGAAUCUAUGGUCAUCGAUUUUCCGGUCAGUUUACUAGUGAAUGCUUCCGGGUUCGUCUCCUGUAAAGUCGUUGGCUAUGUUACAUUCCGGUGCAAGAUCGACGUCCAGAAAUACCCGUUCGACACGCAGUCCUGCAAUUUCGGAAUCUACUACUUCGAAGAUGGCGUCCAAAAAGUGCCAUUCAAGAUGCAUUUAAACGGCUUAUCAGACUUGCAAGAGAACGUCGUUAAAAAUGACCCGUACAGUGUAAAAGGAGAAUGGACAUUGGUCAAUUUCACGGUAGCAUACAUAAGCUUGGAAAGCGGCGACCAGAUUCCAUACUUCGUGCUGACGAUGAGGCGGCAACGCUUGUACUACGUCAUCGUGGUUAUCUUCCCCUUGGUGCUGACGUCAGUCAUGAUCCCCCUUGUUUUUCUCAUCCCUGAGAAGUCAGGGGAACAAAUGUCUUACAUGGCGACCAUCUUCACCUCAACGGCCAUCUUCCUAAGCUACAUUAGCAAUGUGAUGCCCAAAAGUUUGUCCAGUACUCCAUUCCUGGCCAUUCUUCUAACGGAAGUCUUGAUUGAAGGAUUCUGUGCCACUUUGGCUAUUCUAUGGGUAGUGAGAAGGAAUGCUUACAUGAAAAAGACGCAGCGACAUUGUCAAACUUCAGAAGGCCAAGUGACCUUGGCCCCCUCUGACGAGUUAAACGUGAAAGGUCAGUCGCAAGUGAGCCCAGCCUCGACAUCACCCCUUAGACAGCACCGCGAAGUCCAGUCGAGGGAUAUCGGACAGUACAUCUUCGUCCUCCGUUGUCAGCUGGACUUCUGCCUCUUCUUCUUGCUGCUGUCCGCUCAGAUUGUCUUCUUGGUUUGUUUGCUGUUCGCGACGGAUUGGCUCAGAAGUUAACACAGAUCAGAGCUAGUCUCUAUCUCUCACCAACAGUCUAAAUAGUUGUUAUUAAGGAUGGAAGGUAGCUUUCAUUACCUGGAUAAAAGAAUAUGUUCCCCCGUGUAAUCCAAAGAAAAUGACUUCAUAUAUUUGAAUAAUUUAAAGGAAUUUUACAAAUUUGUUUUGAUUUCUUAAAAUUAAAUUAAUAUUGAAUUACUUAAUAUUAGUACAUGUCAGGGGAU